AUGGCCAGUCAGUAUAACAUAGAGGUGGCUCUGAAGAAUUGCUUCAGCACCAUCGGUGAAGCUCCCCACUGGGAGACCUCCUCUCAGAGACUUGUGCUGGUGGAUAUCUUCAAUGGAGGGGUGCUACGGUACGACCCCAGCACCCAGCAACACUCGGAGAUCCAUCUUGAUGAAGCAGUCGGGUUUGUGAUUCCCCGCAAUAAAGGUGGUUAUGUGGUUGGACUGGGCAGAUCUCUGGCUGUGCUAGACUUUGACGCUGCCACGGUUGAGAAGAUCGUGGAGGUGGAGGCUGGUACAAACAACCGAUUCAAUGAUGCCAAGUGUGAUGCUCUAGGAAGACUUUGGGCAGGAACCAUGGGACCAGUGAGUGAAGACGGCAAGCCAUCGCUGGGUCUAGGAUCCUUGUACAGCCUGUCCGCAGAUCACACGUUGUCAAGUCACUUGAACCAGCUGGGCAUCAGCAACGGCAUGGACUGGUCCGUGGACAACAGGGUCAUGUACUACAUCGACUCCCCGACUCUCAAAGUUGUAGCUUUCGAUUUCGAUUUGAGCAAUGGAGCUAUCAGCAAUCAAAGGACUAUUGCUUCGUUCGAUGAUAACUCGGGAGCAGUACCUGAUGGGAUGUGUGUAGACGCUGAAGACAAGCUCUGGGUGGCAUUCUACCGCGGUAGCUGUGUCCGCAGGAUCGACCCACAGACAGGAAAGACACUGCAGACCCUGACGUUCCCGGCAACAAACAUCACCUCUUGUUGUUUUGGAGGCAAGAACCUGGAUGAGCUCUACGUCACUUCCGGCAGAUACCGCAUGCCAGAGGCCGAGUUCCAGAAACAACCUUUGGCGGGAUCGCUGUUCAAGGUUACCGGUCUGGGGGUGAGGGGGAAGGUCGGUAACAACUUUGAUGGCUAG